AUGGGUAAACAGUACAUCCUGACUGUGACAGCCUCCCAUGCUCAUGGGCUGGACAUAACCGGAGUCUCUAUGACCGACAAAUACACAAUUACCGUAUCCAGUGACGGUCUAGUGGCAUUUUGGGACAACAAGAAGGAUGAGGUCCACAACCCUUCAGACUCUGUGGUAAAGAAGUUGAUCAACGAAAUUGGCAUCCACCAUGUGGCAGUAUACGAAAAUAUCCCACCGGAACUGACGCAGAAGGUGGUGCUUCUAGCCUUCGCAUGUUUCGAUGGUUCCAUCAAGUUCUACUACUACAUCGAUGAAGAUCUCGAAACCUUCAAGGAAUUGGACACGGGUUCUACUUUCAAAGCAAAUUUUUGGACGCCUGGCUUCUACAAAGACCCUAAAUCAAAGCAAGACAUGUUCAUUGUCACCAAGGCGAACGGUCUGGCUGCCGUAUACGCUUUGAGCAUCAAGGAUGUCGAGGGCACUAUAGAAAUUGCCACUGAGGAACUUCUAGGGGAGCUUCACGUAACGGUAAACAAUGCAGCAUUCCCAAACUCCUUGGGAGUCUCUCAAGCUACAGACGGGCUCGUCGCCGUGGGGUACACUUCUGGAGAUGUUGCUGUCUUCACCUUACAUGGCCUCAAAGCCUUGUUCACCUUUUACUCGACAGAUCUCCAGGUCGACGAGAACAUUGGAUCCAGCUCCGUUCCUCGUGUGCUUGAAUUCUCGCCCGGUGGAUCCAUCCUUGCGGUUGCGAGAGAUAACCAGUCUGCUGGCCUGAUCACUCUUUACGAUGUGGAAUAUGGUGAGAAUGUCGGAUCGUUGACUACGCUGUCACACUCCACCAAGACCACUGUCGGAGGUUUCGCUCAUGAUGGAUGGAUCAUGGGUCUCGAUUUCAAUGCCGACGGCCUGCUUCUUGCAAGUUGCGGUUUUGACAAAUGCAUCAGGGUGUGGAAUCUCGAGCUGCGUGAGCGUGAAGCCACUUUACAAGUGAAUGUCACCGAUUUAGAAAAUACCGAGCACGACGACAGCAUUGACAGUAGCGUUUGCAGUGGCGUCGCGUUCAUCGAUAGAGGUGUCAGAGCAGGUGCUGGAGGAGACUCUAACGAGGGGCUUUGUGUAUCAUCCGAUGCGCUUGAUCAAUUGAGUCAAUUGGCUGCACUGGAUGGUCUCUCAGAGCCUGAAUUGCACAUGGUGUUGGACAUAGUCUUCGACUACUCAUUGAGAAGCACGUUGCGUCAGACUCUCAUCACCAAAUGCCUCGUACCCAACGGUGAAUACUUAAUCCAAGUUGAUACGAUAUCCCGAAUCCUAGGUGCCGUUGGGGUCUCCGAGGUAUACUUCAGAAACGGGAAGCAACUCAAACUGAAAAGACUUCCUCCUACAUCGCAAAAUCUACUACUAGAGUGGUUGAUUUGUGCUCUGCAUCUUUUCGGAAAGGCAUUAUUUGAGGAGCUACACAGACUUUUACCCACCCUAUUCGGCUUGCUUUCCUUUGAGUAUCUGAGGUCAAAUAUCACCACACUCAUUAUCCUUGCACUUUCGGAACAGCGUAAGCUGAAAGAUGUCUUCACGAGUCAAAGAAAGUAUGCCUUAAAGCCCUGGCAUGUCAAUGUGGUUCUAAGCUUAUCUUCCAAGUUUCCUUUCGACCCCUCCAUCAAAUCCCUACUAGCCUUCAUGAAACGUUUAAAUCCAACCCUAGACUUGCGGGGUUCGUCAGAGUCAGGCUCUUCAGGGCUAUCCAAAGCGGAAGCUGUGAAGUAUCCAAACAAAGAGCUCGUGACACUUUUGAGUGCAAGGCAUUCCUCAUCAGAUUUAUGGGAGAUAAAAGAGGUGAAAGACAAGGUUCAGAGAAUUUUCGACUCCUUCACAACUCCUGCGUUUAAAAAGAGAAAGAUAAUUAUUAAUUCAUUCAACGAUUUGGACCUACUUGAAUCGCCCGAAACAGAAACCAUUUCGAUCGGUACUGUUGAAUCACUUCGAACAUUGAUUGAUGAAUUUGACAGAAUCUCCAUGGCGAAUCCGGGGUCACUCUUCACUUUAAGUAACAUAGCCAACCAGAAGUUACGGGAGUACUUCGUUGCAUUUCAUUUAAUUUUGGCAAGCGUUGAUCUGCCAAUUACCAAGAAAUUCAUUCAAGCUGUCCAGUUUCACGCGCUCUCGCCCUCCGCAUCACAGACAGCUUUCGAUCAGCUAUACUUGAUCGGACAGUUAGGUUGCUUUGAACAACUUACGGAACCUUUUGAAGAGACUAUAUCUAACGGUUCAAUCAAAGAGACAAGGCUAUGUAAGCUUUUGAGCUUACUCCCACCAAAUGAUGGCCCAAUUCAGACAUUUAUCGCUCGUCUAAAUGAUGAGAACCAUCAUGAGUACUGGAGCUCAGUAUUCUUUGAGCUAUCAAAGACAUUUCUUAAGUGGAACGUUCUCCACAACGAGUACGGCUUCUUUCAGAAUGUUUACCAAUCCAUACAUAACAUUGUUGGAUCCCUCUUCUCCAUUGCUGAAGUGCAAUGGGGAAAAUUCUCUUUACUGACGAAAUUGAAAUUUACGACACUCUUGCGCUCCAUAAAGCAAGUAGGGUUUGCAGAGGUUCUGGCCACUAUGGACUUCGGUAUGCUCAUCCCCAGUCCUACACUUUUCUAUCAGAUGAUCAUGUCCACAAAUCCAUUCAUUUUGUCAGAGGCCCUAGGCUACAUCGCCUUCUUACGAACACUUAAAUUUGAAGAGGGAGGAGACUCAUUGAAACUGAGGAACAGUCUCAUCAUGGAUUCGAUUAAUCUUGUCUGGCUUGACCAGGCAUUUAAAAUCGAAGAAAAUACGUUCAAUAAGGGUAUGUUCCUUGAUGCAGAGUACUUAAAGAAAUUAGCUGGUCUAAGCUUCUUCAGUUACUCAGAUCUUAUCGAGCUCAAGAAUGUGGGAGGGUUAUCGCAUAAUCCUGGGACAUCGUACCUAGCGGCUGAGAUUAUCUGGAAUCUUGAGGAUGAUGAGGAUGAAAUUACAGUGAGACAUCCCGGGCCACUUUCAGAGGAAUCUGUGGCCAUGUUGCAACAGAAUCCUGAGGUCAAAUGGGUGCUGAAGAGCUACUUCGAGAUCAAGGUCAACCUUCUCAACAGACUCGAUAGCCUUGGAUUCACAGGUCUUGGUGACCUUUUAUUUUCUUCUUUACGGCCAUUGGCUUCGUUACGCCAAAGAAAAAAUGCCUCAGUGAACGAAGCAUACUCGCAGGUCUGGGGUUCUGGAAAGCUGAGAAUGAAGCUUUCACUGGGUCAGCCUUUCCUUCGUGUGACUUUGCGCUCCUUUGCGUCGUCCCCGAACGCUGCGCCACAGAUAAAGCUCAAUGAAAUAGACAAGAAAUGGAUGCAAAUUUGGAAGGAUCAUCCCAUUGAAUACGCCAAAUAUUCACCCAAAAAGAACGAGCUGUAUUACUGCCUCUCUAUGUUCCCAUAUCCUUCUGGUACCCUUCAUUUAGGCCAUCAAAGGGUUUAUACUAUCAGUGACGUUAUAUCCAGAUUCAAGCGUUUACAAGGCUACAACGUCAUACAUCCUAUGGGUUGGGAUGCUUUUGGCCUACCAGCAGAGAAUGCAGCUGUCGAAAGAGGGAUCAAUCCUGCUGUUUGGACGGAGACGAACAUUAAGAAAAUGAAGGACCAGAUGGAGCUUAUGCUCGCUGACUUUGACUGGGAGAGAGAGGUCAACACAUCUUCCCCAGAGUACUACAGAUGGACACAAAAAAUCUUCACUUUGCUAUUCGAAAACGGAUUAGCUUACAGAAAGGGUGCGGAGAUCAAUUGGGAUCCAGUUGAUCAAACAGUCUUGGCCAACGAGCAGGUUGAUUCCGAAGGAAGGUCAUGGAGGUCUGGAGCCAAGGUCGAGAAGAAAAACUUAGAGCAAUGGUUUAUUGGAAUUACCAAGUACGCAAGUGCGUUACAGAAAGAUCUCAAGAUAUUAGAUCAAUGGCCUGAAAAGGUGAAGGCUAUGCAAAAGCAUUGGAUAGGCGAAAGCCAUGGUGCCGAAAUCACUUUCCCUAGCCUGGGAAGUUCACAGAAAGGCGUCACCGUCUUCACAUCACGGCCGGACACUCUUUUUAGCGUACAAUUUGUUGCAAUUGCAUUGAACCAUCCCAUUGUGCAAGAGUGCUCAGGAAGGGAUCCUAAGUUGGCUGAAUACAUCGAACUUGCAAGUCUCGACGAGGAUCCGUUGUCCAAACUGGGAUAUCUUUUGAAAGAUGUGAAGGUCUCUUUGCCGAUUAAUAUCGAUGGUUCUGCCAGUGAAACUUUUGACGUUCCUGUCUACGUUGCACCCUAUGUCUUAGGAUCGUAUGGUCACGGAGCUCCCACUGUUGGACCCGCUAAAGAAAGCGAAGCCGGGCAGCUUGAUGGUAUCUUUACUGGCAAGAACGGUAGACUCUAUGAUGCGUCAUUAUUGAAGAAUGGUGUUUCCUCGCUUGGAACUUUGAAAGGAAAGACAUCCAAAGAGGCUGGUCAGAUGAUCGUCGAAAUGUUGGAGAAGUCAGGAAAUGGCGGUAAAUCAGUUCAAUUCAAAAUUAGGGAUUGGCUCAUCUCAAGACAGAGAUAUUGGGGUGCCCCAAUUCCUAUCAUCCACUGCGACUCUUGUGGUCCAGUCCCGGUACCAGAUGAAGACUUGCCCGUCUUGCUUCCCAAAAUCGAUGGAAAAAGCUUUGGUAGCGGCAAUCCUUUGGACAAGCUCGAAUCUUUCGUUAACACGACCUGUCCCUCUUGUGGGGGCCCUGGAAAACGUGAUACUGACACCAUGGACACCUUCAUUGACUCGUCAUGGUACUUUUUCAGAUAUCUUGAUGCGCAAAAUAAAGAGAAGCCCUUCGAUCACAACAAGGCUACAAGUGGGAUGCCAGUGGAUAUUUACAUCGGCGGCGUCGAACACGCAAUUCUACACCUUCUUUACUCGCGGUUUAUCUCGAAGUUUUUGGGAGAUGCGGGCUUAUGGAACGGGAAGGCUUUUAAUAAUGAACCAAUUAAGCGGUUAAUUACACAAGGUAUGGUUCAUGGUAAGACUUACACCGACCCUGAGACUGGUAGAUUUCUUAAGCCAGAAGAAUUGGACAUGACGAAUCCCAGCAAACCAAAAAUCAAAGAAAAUGGUCAAACUCCCUCAGUGAGCUACGAGAAAAUGUCCAAAUCAAAGCACAAUGGAGUUGACCCUGCUAAAUGCAUAGGAAAAUACGGCGCAGAUACCGUCAGGGCACAUAUUUUGUUUUCAGCUCCUGUUUCAGACGAGCUCAAUUGGAAUGAAGAUCAGAUUCAGGGGAUCGAAAGAUGGUUGAAAAAGGUUAUGAAUCUCAAGGAUGAGGUAAUUCGAAGCGUUGUUCAUCUGGACUACAAGUCUACCGAGGGUACCGAAUUCAAAGACAUUGAGAUUUCAGGACAGAUACAACCAUCGCUCACCCUUUCUGAUGACGAACUAAAGGUUUACAACGAUAUUCGGUUCUACACUAAUAGGAUCGCAAAAUCUGUUGAUGUCGAUCUCUCGCUCAACACUAUUGUCUCCGAUUUCAUGAAAAUGACCAAUGCUUUACAAUCUGCGGUCAAGCAAAAGACCAUCAAUCCUGCGGUUUUACUCGAUGGAUACGAGAAGUUAUUGGUUGUUAUGGCGUCAGUCACCCCAUCUGUGGCGGAAGAGUGUUGGGAGGCUUUGAGGAAAGGAAUCAACAAACCAUUAGAGUCAGUAUUUGCUCAAUCAUUUCCCACAUCGCAGCCUAUCGCGUCUCCCUACACCCAAUUCAACAUAUUCGUCAACGGGAAAGCAAGGCACUUUAUUAGGGCUCUUCGGACAUUGUCAUCCGAGCCAGAGUCUGAGGUGCUCAAGGUUGCCUUAGCGGAGGAGCAAGUCAAGAAAUUCGUUGGCGACAAAGACAUCAAAAAGCUCAUCAUCAAGGAUGGGCUCAUCAGCAUAAUUACAUGUAAAUAG